AUGACGUCAUAUUAUGAUCCGCGCGAAUCCGGAUCAACAGCCACGAACGACAUCAAAAGCCGAACAAGUAAAGUUCCUUCGCCAAAAGUUGCAAUGAUCCCCAUACACUGUUUAGGGAGAUGUCCCUUAUGGAGACCAGUAAUGAGGCUAAACAUCCCAGAACUUUCUUCAAGACCCCAUUUAUGCAAAGGAGUGCGUGUAUUAGUGCCUAGGUUUCUUCAAACAUCAGCAAACUGGAGGUUCAAAGAAGACAAUAAAACAACUGCCUUGGCUGUGUUGGAUAAUGUCAAGCAGGUACGAUAUUCUCCAACCCCAGCACUGGUCCUUGGUUUUUCAGGUUUGAUCCCCUUUGUGGCAGCUCCUCUUUACAUAGCAUCCUCAGGCGUUUUCAUGCCCGAAGUGGCUGAGGCACAGUUGUUCUACGGGGCUUCCAUCCUUUCCUUCCUCGGUGGUGUGCGGUGGGGACUGACCCUUCCAAAGGAGAGUGCACAGCCCCCAGAUUGGUAUAACUUAAGCUACAGUGUAACCCCAUCACUCAUAGCUGUGUCAGGACUCCUGAUGCCACAGACCAUUGGGACAUUGACCAUUAUUGGUGGCCUGGGGUUUGCUGGGUACAUGGACCUUGCCAUGUGGGGUUACCCAACCUGGUUCAAAGGACUAAGGUUCUGCCUGACCUUUGUAGCGGUGCUUUCUCUUUGGUCGAGUUUGAUGUUCAAAUUUGUGCUGAAUGAGGCUGAGACCAAGACUAAAGAAGAAGAUAGUAAAGUAGAUAGCAAUGUAUCAUAGAUGAUUAUAUAGGAAGUGCUUAUUCGUAGCAAAAAUAAAUAUAUAUAUAUAAAUAUGUAUAUUUUGUACAGCUGGUAUAUUUCAAUAGUCCUUGUAUUAUUUGGUAUAAAGCAGACUAAUUAUCACUAAACUGAUGCAUUUAUUUGUUCAUAUUUAUUUUAUAUGAUGAUAAGUUUCAAGUUCUUUAUAAUUAAACAAAAAAGAAAAAUGGCAACUCGUCCUACUCUCAGAAAUGCCAUUUAGCCACAGUCAAUGUACUCAAGUAUUACAGACAGACAGUGAACUAGUGCUUAGUAAAAGCUUAAAAAAAAA